UUUAAAUAAGUUUAUAGUUGAAAUAAUUCUUGUAGUUGACAGAGAUGGUGGCUGCUCUUAAAGACUUUGUGACAGAGAGACAGAGGGAUGCCAAUCGUGUUCUGACACCUGUAAUUCAGGAGAACAUGGCUCCAACCUACGAGGCUUGUGCUGCAGAGAGUGGACCGGGAACCUACCAGAGAAUGAAGGACGGCAUGGCCGCUGGAAUCGACAUAGGGAGGUACUAUAUGUUUGAUGAUGCCUCGCGCAACCUACUGCAGGAGUUGGAGCAAAUCAAGGUUCAGGUAACGGAGAUAGUACGGGGAGUGUGUCGUAGUCUUUGCUCGACUCUACAGGUGGCUUUUGAGCCCCUUUGGGAGGCCCCUGGGACCUGCCUGGAACUGAGAGACGUACUCGUACCAUGUGUUCGGGAGAUUUCACUCCAGGUGCGCGCCAUAAUGGAGGAGGCCGGAGUGAGGGUACCUAUAACUACUACAGGGCCACCUCCUGUCACAACCACUAAUGGGACUCCUGUCCAAUCAGAAGUCACUAAUGCACAAGGAAAUCAGGAUAUACAGAGAACAGCUGGUAACUCGUUAGAAUUGCCAUCGAGUUUUGUUCUUGAGGAACUUCAAGCCGGAUCAUCCGAUUCAGAACUUCUCACCUCCAUCAAAGUGGAACCAUCACUAAGUGUGCCCAAAAUCAAGAAAGAAAUGACAGUCUCUACCCAGAAUGCCACACCUGUCCGAUUCUCCUCUAUAAAAUCUGAACCCUCGUCUGGAAUACAGGUUUGUUGUUUUUGUGGACACCCCGGGACUAACCCUGGUGAAUGUGAUAAGUGUCGUGUCCCCCGACGCUCCCCCCAAGGUGUCCUGUUCAGGUGUUGUCGGUUUUGUCAUCGGAUGGGAGAGAACGUUCACAUCUGUGAAUUCUGUAAGCGGUGUCGUCGCUGUUUGAAUGUCGUCACAUCUCCCAAGCAGCAGUGUGAGAUCUGCCAAGCUCCAAGAUCAAGGAAUCCAGGAUCAACUGGCAAAAUUUCCACAAAUCAUCAACAUGUGUCCCAAACCAUCACCUCUGCUAAUGUUCAAACAAAUAAACCGUCCACUCCAGCAGGUGCAGAUCGUAACAAUGUGUCCUCCACACACCCACCAAAUGUAGUUCACCCACCAAAUGUUGUUCAGCACAAUUCCUUCCCAACUAGCUCAUCUUACCUAGUGAUGUCUUCCAUACUUCCACCCAAUGUUGGUCAAACCUCCAGUAGAGCUCGCCACCCAUCGACACAAACCAUCAGUGGCAGAGGUCAAGGUUACCAUGCAGUGCUUACAAACAGUGGCAGGGGUCAGGGUGACCAUGCAGUGCUUAAUACAUUAAAGAGACUAGCUGAUAAAGUGAGGUCACCCAAACAUCAGCUGUCUGCUUCCCAGCCUGUCCAGCAGGGCAGAAACAUGACCCCUCGUUCUCAGGGACCAAUGGUGUCACAGACAGGUAGUCUUACUCCACGGUCGAGGAAUGAUGGACGAGUUAGUACGCCGUAUAGCAGACUCAGCAGCAGCCAACCAUCUCAUCAGAAAGAUCAGGAACAUGCCCUCAAAACACCCUCCAGAGUGCCAAAAAAUUGUAAGUACCGUAUAAUCCCUAUUAACCGCCCCGGGCGCUUAGAAAAUUGCAAAAAGGGGGCGGUUAUUUUGGUAUUCUCUUUGUAAUAUUUAUUAACAUAUCUUAACUUCAAAAAAUAUUUUGAAAAAAAAAAUAAAUUCAAAGAAUCUCCAAAAUAAUGUCUAACUUUACUUUAAAUGAAGAUAAUCCACCCAUAGUAUGCUAAAUGAAUCAUUUUCCACCAAAAAAUUUGAUAAUAAACAAGUUUCAUUUUCAAUUCCUUCAAAUUUUUUGCAGACUUUUGAUACGAUUCUAGUCUUUCUAGAUGAUUUUAAUCACUGUACAGGGGG